AUGUCCCUCGGGGGGACCACAGGCGACAACACGCGCCUGCUUCGGAAGGCUCCAGAGGAGGAGGAGGAGGAGGAGGAGGAGGAGGAGGAGGAGGAGGAGGAGGAGGAGGAGGAGGAGGAGGAGGAGGAGGAGGAGGAGGAGGAGGAGGAGGAGGAGGAGGAGGAGGCGAUGCAGGCGGAGGGCGUGCGGGAGGUGGCCGUGGCAACUGGCCUGGAGGUGCUGUACCAGGAGACCCCCAACUACCGCGGAGCGGCGGCCGAGGCUGACCGCAUGAUCGAGCCAAGGGAGACGGCUAGGCAUGCCUGGCGAGUGCCAGACCUGGGCGUAGAGCCUGUUGCUAGUGCUGCAGAGGAGGCGGUUACUGAGGGGGCGGGUACCUACUGA